AAUUCUAAAUUUACUUGCAACAGUGACAACCGGCUUGUCCACUAUUACAUCAGAUUCACACAAACAACUCGUUUCCGCGCAGUAUGACGUCUACGGUUCAAACCAAGCGCUCUCAACCAGCAUGGAAUCCUCCAGAAAACAAGGAAGUAGCCGAAUUAUAUCUUUUCAACAGUUUAACUCGUCGAAAGGAGAAAUUUGUACCUCAGAACGGUAAGCGUGUUUUGUGGUAUAGUUGCGGUCCGACUGUUUACGAUGCUUCCCAUAUGGGACAUGCCAGGUCUUACAUCUCGUUUGAUAUUUUGAGACGUGUCAUGACCAAUUAUUUCAAAUACGAUGUGUUUUACUGUAUGAAUGUAACCGAUGUUGAUGAUAAAAUCAUCAAACGAGCUAGACAGAAUUAUCUUCUGCAGCAAUACAGAAUCGAGAAUAGCGGUAAUGCUUCGGUGGUGGUUUCGGAUAUUAAAGCAGCAUUAGAUGCUUAUACGGUUAAGGCUGAAGGAGAGAAGGACUCAGAUAAGAAGACGAUGAUGUUGAAGAUUAUUAAAGAAGUGACCACCUCUCUCCAGUCAAAUGAAUCUGCCACCGAUCAAGAGAAGAGUGACCGUCUUAUCAGUGCUGCAAGAGAUGUCCUGGCGGAUGUUUUAGACAAACGUAAAGGAUCUGAAGUAAGGGAAAACUCUAUCUUUUCAGAGUUACCAAAUCACUGGGAAGAAGAAUUUCACAAUGACAUGGAAGCUCUAAAUGUUCUACCAGCUGACUGCUUGACACGGGUCAGCGACUACGUCCCCGAAAUAGUAGAGUUUAUUAAAAAAGUCAUUGAUCGUAAUUACGCUUACGAGUCCGGUGGUUCUGUCUAUUUUGAUACCAUGAGAUUUAGUAAAGCUGCUGAUCACUUUUAUGCUAAAUUAGUUCCAGAAGCUUUUGGUGACAGAGAAGCACUGCAAGAAGGUGAAGGAGACUUAAGUGUUUCAGAAGAGAGAUUGUCUGAGAAGAAAAGCCCCAAUGAUUUUGCAUUAUGGAAAGCUUCAAAACCUGGCGAGCCCAUAUGGGAUUCACCGUGGGGCAAAGGUAGGCCUGGAUGGCAUAUUGAAUGUUCAGUUAUGGCCAGUGAAAUUCUUGGAGAGUCACUAGACAUUCAUACUGGUGGCGUGGAUUUAAAGUUUCCUCAUCAUGACAACGAGUUAGCUCAAGCAGAAGCUUGUUUUAAUAAUGACCACUGGGUGCACUACUUUCUCCAUUCUGGUCAUCUUACAAUCCAAGGCUGUAAAAUGUCCAAAUCCCUCAAGAAUUUCAUCACAAUCAAGGAAGCACUAAAAAAACACACAGCGUGCCAACUUCGUUUUGCCUUCUUACUGCACUCCUGGAAAGAUACUCUUGACUAUAGUGACAACACAAUGGAAGCAGCCAUCACCUACGAAAAACACCUUAAUGAGUUCUUCUUGACGGUCAAAGACAUCUUGCGAAAGCUACCAAGUCAUGGCUGUUCAUCUUUUACUAAAUGGACUGAACUAGAGGUAUCUCUCAAUGAAAAAUAUCUGGACACCCGAAAUCAGGUCCAUGUGGCAUUAUGUGAUUCCAUUGAUACACACACAGCCUUAGAUGUCAUCAGAGACUUGGUCACUGUAACAAACCAGUACAUUUCCAAGACUAGGGCAACUAUGAUCUGUAAUCGAGUACUUCUAAUAAACAUUGCUGAAUACAUCACAGACAUAUUGAAAGUGUUUGGUGCUAUUAAAGAAGAAACAGUUAUUGGUUUCCCACAGACUGGUACAGGAGCAACUUCAUCUGAAAACACUGUGAUGCCUUAUUUAUCUGCAUUGUCAGAAUUCCGGGAAGAUAUAAGACAGUUAGCCAGAGAAAAGAAAGAUCCUCAAGAAAUCUUGACCAAAUGUGAUGAACUUCGGGAUACAGUUCUGCCCAACUUGGGAGUCCGUCUGGAAGACCACGAAGGGCAAGUCCCUGUUAUUAAACUAGUUGAUAAAGAAAUACUUCUGAAGGAGAUGCAAGAGAAACUGACAGCUGAAGAGAAGAAAAGACUGCAGAAAGAACAGGCGAAGAAGGAUAAAGAAGCUGCUGAAGCUGUUCGUGAUGCUCAGAAGAGAAUCCCCCCCUCACAGUUAUUUGUCAAUGAGACAGACAAAUAUUCUAAAUUUAAUGAGCAUGGCUUACCAACCCAUGAUGCUGAAGGUAAAGAACUUACCAAAUCAGCCAUGAAAAAACUUCAAAAACUCUAUGAUGCCCAGAAGAAGAAAUAUGAUGCAUAUAUGAAUAACAAUAACUAAUUAAAUGGAGUGUUUAGAGAACAUGGAGACAAAUGAACCCAUUUUCAUUGUAUUGGACAUGAAUAUAUGAACAAAUAAUUUAUAUACAUUAUUUACGUUUGAUGGAUAUUUUGAACCUGGGUUCUCAUCCCUAAGGUAUUUUUCGAUGUUAUUAUUAUUAUUUUUAUUCAGGUCACUGCUUGGAAUCGAACUCGGAAUCUUGGGAUUAGUAGCCCAUGCUCGUAACCACUACAUAUACCCAUGGGCAUAUGGCAUAGUGGUUAAGAGCCGAGUUUGAAUCCAAGCAGUGACCUGAAUAAUAAUAAUAAUAAUAAUGAUAACAUCGAAAAAUACCUUAGGAAUGAGAACCCAGGUUCAAAAUUUCCUCAAGACACCUGAUGAAGGCUGGAGGGUAUAUCAGCUGAAAGGUGUUAACAAGAAACAAGAUGAGGACAAAUAUCCGUCAAAUGUAAAUAAUGUAAAUAAUGUACAUAGUUCCUCAUCUCUUAAAUAUAGAACUGAAAUAAAUAAUUUAUAUUUAGUGGAACUGCUUCUGUGACAAACUGGUUUGUAACAAAAAGUUAUUUUUAUACUUGACACCUUCUUUUUCUUCUUCUUGUGUCAAAAACUUUGACUGGGAUUACUUUACCACAAUACAUCACUGAGCUAUAUUUAUGUGAUAACUUGCCAUGUUAUGUGGAAGUGGAUACUAACCACUUCUCCACUGUGCCAUCUUACCUUCAUACCUUUCUGUAGUAGUAACACCCAAGUAAAUCACUUUCAUAAUCCGCUUUGAUGUUGCUACCUUGCCACACUCUCACUAUCUCACAUCACUUUACUGUUGUGUUUUUGUUACAUUUCCCACUACCUUCUACCUUCAUUUCCAUUUAUCUUGCCAUGGUAACUUACUAGGAACCUAGUAAGUUUCUCAGGUACCUUGCUAUUGUAAAUUAUAUUCAGUUAAUUAACUUACUUCACAGCUGUCUUCCUGAUACUUCAGCUCCAGUAAUUUACUGUGGCUAUUAAACAUGAUCAACAUGUGAUAAACUCAUCCAAGUAUCAAUCACAUAUCCUCUAACUUACUAUGUUGAAUUAUUUUUCUGAGCUUAUAAUUUUUUUUUAAUUUUCAAAUAUUUGUUAGUCACUUGUUGUGUAUCCCCAGUUUAUCCCUCCUGAUUGAACAGGCCUCUUGCAUGUAGGUUGAGGCCCCAACAACCAGGUGUGACUGUUUUACCAUGUUUCUAUCUAUGUGGAGUCAUACUGCACACUCAGACAUCCACUUAUGCAUCAUAUGAGGUACAAUGUGACAGUCUGUUAGCUGGUUAUUGAUGUUUAGCCCCAAUGCCUCAAUUUAAGUCCUAUUAGUGGCACCUUUUCCUUUUAAACCUCUAAUGCUGAUAAGAACAAACAUAUACAAAUAUAUUUACCCAGUCAUUCUACAACAAAUUCUUUAGAGCAGCUGUAAAAUUGGUGCAGAAGAAGGCUUCAAUUGGAUAUAGUUUAAUAUCUUCAGAUGAUGUGUUGUGGUUAUGAGUUCAAAUCCAACCAAAGUCAGUUUAAUGUAAAUUGCAACAAGGACCCACUGGUUUUCAGACCACAUAUUUGUAUUCCAUUGUGGAUGUUAUAUUGGGUCCUUGAUCAUGACUCCUUUGACUCCACUCUGUAUAUUUGAAGAACUGUUAUUCAUUAUAGAUUUGCUUAUGUAUGUCUUAUGCUUCUUAAAUUUUUAUUUAAUCACAUUUGAAUAAAAUGAUUUGAGUAUA